CCACACCCCCAACAUCAAUUGAUCAUCAAGGAAGAUACAAUUCACCUACAGUAAACAAAGUUGCAGUCUUAUUAGUCGACAAAGACAAAGGACCUAGGGAUAUAGUGAUUCAUUAUAAAGAUGGCCAUCUAAAAAGAGUAUCUGAAUUACACCGAAUCCUUUGCAAUCCUUUGCAAUACCCUUUAAUGUUUGUAAAAGAUGAAGAUGGUUAUUAUUUGACAAUCCCUCAACAAAAUUCAGCAAGGAAUAAAACUGUUUUAUGUAUGCAGUUUUAUGCAUAUAGGAUGAUGAUCAGAGCAGACUGUUUUAAUCCCUUACAUUAUUACAGAGAUUUGUUCAGUCAAUACUGUGUUGACAUGAUGGCUAAAAUGAUAUCAGAAAGACUAAAUUACAUACUUCAAAAUCAACAACUGAGAGCUGACAACUGUAUACAUCUACGAGAUGCUUUAAAUCAGGAUGCUAAUGUGAACCCUGCAAAUAUUGGACAACACGUCAUCUUGCCUUCAACUUUCAUGGGAUCCCCGCAUUAUAUGCAUGAAAAAACUCAGGAUGCUAUGACGUAUGUCCUAAACUACAUGAGACCAAAUUUAUUUGUGAUAUUUACUUGCAACCCGGAAUGCCCACAGAUUAAGGAACAGCUAUUACUUGGAUAGCGGUCAUUUGAUUGUCAUGAC